UCUAGCUGCUUUACCAGACGUGGACGAUGUCUUUAUACCGGGGUGGAAAAGCUUCGGUACCUCAGGUGUCCGUCGUCCGCCGUGCGAGAUAUCAGUCAGCAUGGAGGAAGACGAGCAAAAGAUGGCCGUGAUGCGAAAAGCAUUCCAAAUGUUCGAUACCACCAAGAGCGGCCUGAUCGACACCCUGAAAAUAUCAACGAUAUUGAACACGAUGGGUCAGUUGUUCGACGAUGCUGAUCUGAAUGCUAUAAUAGCGGAGAACGAUCCGGAAGGGACCGGAAAAGUGAACUUCGAUCAAUUCUGCAGGAUCGCUGGUCGAUUCCUGGAAGAGGAGGACGCUGAAGCGAUGCAAGAGGAAUUGAAAGAAGCUUUUCGUUUAUACGAUCGUGAAGGAAAUGGAUACAUUACGACUGCUACCUUGAAGGAGAUUCUUGCUGCUCUCGACGACAAACUAACUAGCGCGGAUCUUGAUGGUAUAAUAGCUGAAAUUGAUACCGAUGGAUCCGGCACGGUUGACUUCGAUGAAUUCAUGGAGAUGAUGACUGGAGAGUGAUGACGUUCUGAAAGCAAAGGACAGUCUAUGUUAAAAUUAUUAAUUCGGCAUUCUUAUUGAUCCUAGUGUCUUCAAAUUUGUUUAAUAAAACUAUGACUUAAAGGCAA